UCAUAUUUCACUAACUUUUUCAACUCACUUUUCAUUAUAUUUCUUAAAAUUCGUGCCCAAUCAAAGUGAGACAAAUAAUCUGGGAUGGAGGAAGUAUAUAAAAGUAGAACCUACACUGUAUCGAGUCAAAAUGAGACCAUAAAUGACGAACGGACUAUAAAUAGCAGGGUGAGUAUUAUCCAUGUUAAUUAUUGAAUGUAUAUAUAUGAAUGUACUUAUUUAAAUAAAAAAAUGAAAAUGAGUUAUUGAUUCUAUAAUCCAGGUGUCGAGAUAGACACAAACAUAAUGAUGAUAAACUGAUAAGAGUAUAGUGUGUGCAGCAAUGCAACGCCAGAAAAAGAGUAAGGAUUCUCCAGUCAACGGUCAAACAUACUGAAAAUGGUGAUUCAUCACUUUUGUCCCAUUGCAACCAAUUCUAGAAAGAAAAAAAAGUUAAAAAUCCCGUUUCAAUUGGUCAACAAGAUCUCCCCUUCCCGCCAUUUCCCAAAGUUUGCUAUUUAUAUCCACAUUCCCAUCCCUUUCAUCUCGCCCCCCAAAUAAAAUUUUCCUUCAAACCCCUUUCUUGAUUCAUUCAAUGACCAAGCUGGAGUCUCUGCGCCGUUUCCUGAUCCCUUGCACCGGCAACUCCCCGAGCCCCCCUCCCGCCGCCAAGAAACACAUCAGCACCUCCCUCCGCGACGAUCUCGACGAGAAGCAGCAGCAGCACUACCCCAGACUGAUCCAACCACAGCCGCAAGAAGCAGAACCCCCGUCGUCCUGCUCCUCCCCGGCGGCCAAUCUGGCCCCGCCGCGGCCGUCCCGGACGAUGGUGAUCGCCACCAUCUUCGGGCACGGGAGGGGCGGGCACGUAUGGUUCUGCGUGCAGCAGGACCGCCUGAAGAUCAAGCCCGCCCUCCUCCUGGAGCUCUCCAUCCCAACAUCGGCCUUCAUCCAGGAGAUGCAGUGCGGCCUCGUGCGGAUCGCGCUCGAGUUCAACGCGGCCGAGUCGGACGACCCGGAGCUGGGGCGGUGCCCGCUGCGGUCGGUUCCGCUGUGGACGCUGUUCUGCAACGGGAGGAAGCUCGGCUUCGCGGCGCGGCGGAAGCCCACGCAGCAGACCAAGAUCAUGCUCAAGACCAUGCAGAACGUCACCGUCGGGGCCGGCGUCAUCCCCUGCAAAUUCCACGACGAGAAGGAGGUUAUGUACAUGCGGGCUAACUACGAGUGCGUUUUGGGGAGCGCCGAUUCUGAGUCUUUCCACUUGAUCAACCCGGAUCAGCUUCCCGGUCAAGAACUCAGUGUUUUCUUGCUACGAACAAGAUAAAUCUUCAUGGUUUUCUGAUUUCUCGGGAUCUUUAUUUUGGAUAAAAUCCAGGUUUUCUUGAGUUAAACUAUUUCUUUUUCUUUUUAGUUUUUGAGAGAGGGAAAGGCUAGCUAGUUGUAGGUAAAAUUGUUCUUUGUUGAUUGUAAUUGGAGAAUUUACUAUAUUUCCAGCAGAAUAGUUUCAGUUACU